CUCCCCCUCUGCGCCAGCCUCAUGCCUGUCCGCCAUCCGCGCUACACCUUCCUGCUCGCCGUCCUGGUCCUCCUCGUGCUCUUCCUCCUCCUCCUCGACACAUCCUAUUCCUACAAUUCAUUCUACCCCGCUCCUUCUUCGCCAGCGCGCACCGUCACUACGGACCUUGGCCUCCCUGCGCGAGUUGCACGUGCAGAGAGGAUAUACCAAAAGAUGCUUGCAAAGCGGAAGGGCCUGAUCAACAAAUUCGGCCCCAACGUGAAGGACAUCGUUCCCUUUCCAGAAGACAGAGAGCCAUGGCCAGCCUACACCAUCUGGGACUUCUUCCCCCCCGCCUUCAACUGCCCCCAUGAGCUCGAACGCAUCGGCGCCCUCGGUGACGGCGGGAAAUGGCUCUGCGGCCUCUCCCGGCUCGAGUCCAAGCCCGACUGCGUCGUCUACUCCAUCGGUGCCGCCGCCCACGCCUCCUUCGAGGCCGAGCUCCUCGCCCGCACCCGCUUCUGCGAGGUCUGGGGCUUCGACUUCACCGUGCCCGGCUUUGGCCCGGAGAUCACCGCGCCGCACAAGUCGGACUCGGACUGGCGUGCGUAUUUCGCGGAGCCCGUCGAGCAUUUCUACACCGCGGACGGCCAGGAGCGGGAGGAGGGCACAGAUGCCGAGGAGGGUGGGCGGAAGGAGUAUUGGAGCGACAGGGGAAAGUCGCUCGAGCGCAGGACGCACUUCAAACCUUGGGGCGUCGCGGGCCACGACGCGCCCGCCACGAGCGACAAGCCGCCGAUCUACACCAUCGAGUCGCUCAUGCGCUCGAACGACCACGCACACAUCGACGUCCUCAAGAUCGAUGCCGAGUCCCUUGAAUUCGACGUCCUCACGGCGUUCGUCGCCGCCUUCUCGACGCUGCCCAUCGGCCAGCUGAUCGUCGAGCUGCACGUGUGGAACCGGCCCUUCGACGAGCUCCUCAAAUGGUGGGAGGCGCUCGAGCGCGCGGGCCUGCGCGCGUUCAUGGCCGAGCCCAACCUGAUCUACCAAAACUACAACCGGCACGCGAGCCCCGAGCUCGCGGAGUUCUCCUUCCUCAACGUCAAAAACACAAACGUCUUCGUCGCCGACGCGUCUGCAGCCCCAGACACCGCGCGAGGCGCGUGAGGCGCGUGAGCCUCGAGGACGCGGGGGCGGGGGCGUCGCGGCGGUCGGCUGGCGCGUGCACAUGUGCGUAUGUAUCGAUAUGUAUUGUUUCUCCGUGUGCGCCGGCGCCUUGCGCGCCCCGCCCCCGCCCAGUCUAUAUGGGCGCGCCGGCCUACCCGUCUCCGCGCAUGUACAUUGCUUCCGCGGUGCUCUGCUUGGCCGCGCCUGUCGUUGCUGCUGCUGCUUCUCCUGCUGUUGUUGUUGUUGUCCUUCUUGCAUUUGAUACCCCCGCCGGUCACGCUAAAAACUCAUAUACACACAUAUAUAUAUAUAUACAUGUGUUGCGUGCCUCC